AUCAACUUCCCUACAAAUUUUCCUUAAAAAAAUGGAUCAUUUUGCUAUAAAAUUCAACAUGUGGUGAAUAGAAGAUGAGACAAAGAAAGUGUUAUCGGUGAAGGCAGGUUGCCGCUUUACAAACUUCACCAUGGUACCAUGAGGAAACAAUAUAGGUGGCAAACAGUCUCCGUCAUUCUACUGCUAAAACUACUGUUGUCAUUAAUUACUACAGCGAAGGCUUCAUCAAACAGUACAAAGAUCCUACAAGGACCAAUCGAAUCCUGCGCACAGAGCCCGAUUCGGCAGAACGUAACUCUUCGUGGUGGAAUUAACGCAGGAAGCUUCAAGAAAUUGGCUCAGUUUGUUGCAAUGCAACUUUGUAUUCGCUUGUGCUGCGAGGAAAAAGGUUGCGAUGUCGCACUCAUGUCUGGAAAAAACUGCUACGGAGUUCAAUGCUUCAGUGAAGAAUUGUGUACUGCUGUACCAGCGAAGAAAGCGCCAUCUUCGUUGAUGAUUUCUCAUGUCACAAUAAAAGGAGAGGAGGGUAACAGUCGUAGAAUUCAUCCUGUCCCGCAGAAUCUAAAGUGUACAGAAAGCAAAGCAGAGGAAGGUGUGACCUUAAAAGGUGGAAUUUCUGCUGGACACUUUACAGAUGUAGGAACUGUGGAGAGCGUAGAUUCCUGUACGCGACUUUGCUGCGUUUCAGAAAAGUGCGACUUAGCUCUGGUUAUAAAAAGACAUUGUUUCUUAGUAUCUUGUUUUACUAAAGAACUAUGCAAGACAGUGAAAUCUCAGACUAAGAAUUACCGACCUACCGUGGCAUUUGUGCGAAGAUGGGUCACAAAUGUGACCGAGGACACAGCUAUUACGUUGAGCAAUCUUCCAGCUACAAACUCAAAACUAAUGUGCAAAAACAGUGACAUUAAAUACAACUCCACACUUAAAGGUGGAAUAAAGGCUGGUAACUUCACGGAUUUGGGUAAAAUAUCCGAGAUAUCGACUUGCAUUCGUAUGUGCUGCGGUAGAAAGGACUGCGACGUGGCUCUUAUGUUAGAAGCGAACUGCUAUGCGGUAAAUUGUUACAAUGAGGAUCUCUGUCAUCCUGUGCUUGCGCGCAAGUCUGGUUUGCUGACCAACUUGAGCCCACGGUUAUCAUACAUAACAAGUCGAGAUGAGGAAGCUCUUCCACAAGAGAUAGCCAUUGGCAACGGCAUGUUUUGCAAACCAAGCGUUGUAUCAUAUGACGUCACACUCCGCGGUGGACUUUCAGCGGGAAAAUUUACUCCAGUUGGUCACGUAGACAGUAUGGAAGCAUGCGUUAAUUUGUGUUGUAAGAGAAAUGCCUGCGAUAUCGCCCUGAUGCUAAGAGACUCUUGUUACGCCAUUAAGUGUGCCAAUGAGGAACUGUGCGAGGAAGUGCCAGCACCUUCUUCUGACUUUUACCCCAGACUUUCCUAUGUUAGAAAGGAAAUCGGGAGUCAACACAAGAAAGAACAUCCCCAGGUCAAGAGUGAGACAACACACCAAACUAACGACACCCGAGAGGACCUGGAUACUAAGGAAGAGGGCUAUUGCACAAACAGCGAGAUUAUGACAAACGUCACAUUGCGAGGCGGGAUUUCUACAGGACAUUUUCGGGAUCGGGGAAAAGUCCCAAAUAUGAGAGCCUGUGUUGAGAUAUGCUGCAUCUCAAAAAGCUGCGAUGUCGCAUUUAUGUUGAAAAACAACUGCUUUUCAGUCACGUGUUUUAACGAGAAACUAUGCGAGGCUGUGCGGGCCCGAUCAUCGAUUUACGCCCCCAGGAUUGUUUAUAUUUACGCCAGGACAAAGAGCGAGGUAUUUACUUCACAAAGUGUCAGAAAACGCCGAAGUGAAAAUUUAAAAAGUAAUAAUUUUCGAGACCAGUUAUACGACGUGCCUCUAACGGAUUCAAGGCGUAAGUUUGGCCGAGACAGAUAUAAACGCCAAAUGCAUAGAAAGACGGUACUCCGAAAGUUGUAUACGUUACCAAUAUAUUUUGCCAUGCAAGUGGACAGAAUUCUUUGCAUAGCCUCACCUGGUAAAUUUCACAUCAAAGCAAACUAUCUAUCGCUGAGAAAAGCCUCCUCAACAUUGGAAACUCCCGAUUGGUAUUUGGCUUUCAAAGCUAUGGGCCUCGGAAAACUGUCGCUGUAUUUUUCGCUGAUUUUGCUUUUUGAGUUAUCUCAUGCUUCAACUGAGGAAAGCCUUGUAACAGAAAUAACCAAUGUCAAACCUCUCAAAUGCCAACAUGGGGCAAUACUAUCUAAUGUCACACUUCGACAUGAGCUGCGUGCCGGGAAAUUCUCGCGACUUGGUAGGGCAGAAGACAUGAAGACCUGUAUCCAGAUGUGUUGCGAUAAGGACGACUGUGAGAUGGCUUUCAUGCCUGGAACUCACUGUUAUGGUGUUGACUGUUUUAGCCAGAAACAUUGUGAAAUCACCACUGUUAAGCCCAGCAAUGUCACAGUUAAAAUUGCAGCUGUGCGCCCGAUAGUCGUGAACCCUUCAAAAGAUCAAAUUGCAGUUUCAGUAGAAGAUCCAUCGACUCAGGAGGAACUUCAUUGCACUCAGAGUCCAAUUUUAAAGAAUGUGACUCUAAGAGGUGGAAUAAAGGCGGGAAAUUUCAGCGACCUUGGUGACGAGAAGAAUAUGCACAUGUGUAUUGCCCUAUGCUGCGAGCGUAAGACUUGCGACCUGGCCUUCAUGAUAGGAGGAACAUGUAUUGCGGUAGACUGUUUCAGUGAGGAGCUUUGUCAAGCAGUCAAGGCGAGGCCCACAAUAUAUGACCCGCAAAUAGCGUUCAUUAGGCGUAGAGAGCUCCAGAGGCCAGCGAGAAAAGCGAACGUCCUCCCAACAGCACCAAGCUCAGAAAUACCAACCAUGAAAAUACAUGAGAUCAUCAGCGACAAAUUGCCUCACCCCACCAUACUGAAAACUAGCACUUGCUCGGACAGCAAAAUCUACCCAAACGUCACUUUGCUCGGAGGAAUAAAAUCCGGAAACUUUACUUCACUGGGAAAGACUAAAAACAUGCAGGAGUGCAUUGGAAAAACGUGCGAACUGGGGAGUGGUGAUUUAGCCUUCAUGCUAGGAAGCUACUGUUACUCGGUCACGUGCUCAAGUGGUAGAGUUUGCCAAACAAUUCCCGCUCAGCCUUCUAAGUUUUACCCCAGAGUAGCGUUCUUAAAGUGGGCACCAAAAAUAAACGAGACAGAACUACUCGAAGACGAAGGCGCUGACUAUACAGCCAUUCCUAAAUGUACUCGUAGCCACAUCUUGUACAACCACACCUUAUUAGGAGGUCUUAGAGCGGGAAACUUCACCCACAUAGCCGAAGUGGAUAGCAUCGAGACAUGCGCAGCUCUGUGUUGUGCUGAGCAGACAUGCGACCUCGCCUUGGUACUUGGAGAGAAUUGUUACGCUGGAGACUGUGCAAGUAAAGAGCUGUGUGUACCUGUACCAGUUCAUCCUACAGCAAAUAAAGGAUCACAGAUUGCGUAUAUCACCUCCAGGAAAAAAGUAGAAGAACCAGGCACAGUGAAAGGCGACUACGAUCGAAGGACGAACCAAGUGACAGAUUUACUAUGAUGAACGAAUGUGGAGAUUCACCUCAAGGUUUGGAAAUGUUACCACAGGGCUGGAAUCUACAAAAGUUUGGCCAACAAUACAAUAAUUUCGGGGACCCCAAGUGCAUCAAGAAUGGCCCGAUGUUUUUGAGCGAUAGUGAAAGUGAUUCAGAUGAAGACGCAGAGGUGCCUCGCCGGAGCAGAAUUCCGUCACUUGAAACGCAGUCUAUAAAGAAAUCCAUCGGUUAUAACGGCCCCCCACCACCAUACAUUGUAGAAAGACUUAACGGACCAAGUGUCAUAAGUCUGGAUUCCAAGUCAAGACGAGCAAUGCAGAACUUAUAAAGACAUGAGUUGUCAAGGGCAUAGAGGCAUUAUGGUGGAGACUCGCAUUCGAGGAGAAGAUUCUUUUGUUUUUGAUCUAGCAUGGUCGGUUUCAUUCAGUUUCAAAGUAACCCUUUUUUAUAAAGAAGAAGAAGAAGAAGAAGAAGAAGAAGAAGAAGAAGAAGAAGAAGAAGAAGAAGAAGAAGAGGAAAAAAAGACAUUUCGAGCUGAUGGAAGAAAUGCCGAAAAGUUUCAGAAACUCAUGACUCGGCCUGAUUCCUUCUUGGCAAUCAUCGCAUCAUCAAUAAUCGAAUUGAAAAGUUAAAUUGUAAUGCUCUGUAGUCAUCGAAAAAUGCACCUUAAAAAUGUAGGUCCGUUUUUUUCUUAUAGGGAGUCCAUAAGCUUAACCCCGUUUAACUACAUCUUAGAUCUUCUAAUGUUUAAAUGAGACGCUGUAAAACUAGCUUUCUAGGUUACAGACUAGGCUAUCUGCGUGUACUUAGGCACUCGUAAUCGGGUUAAAACUUAACACGGUCUCUAUAAGAUUAUAUGCAUUGAUUUCUUAUGCCACAGUUGUCAGUGUUGAGAAAAGACUUUUGCUGUGGGAUGUUGCGCAUUUUUUUUAGGUUUUGUAAGCUCUGUUUAGAUCCCAAUUAUGUAAAUAGGAAAUUUCAGAAAGUUGGAAGUGAAAAACUGAUAAAAUUGUAAGGCGCUUCGUAUCAUAUAUCAAUAAUAAUUUAUCACUAAUCAUUAAUUUUAAGUGAAAAAUAAAUUAUUUUAGUUUUGA